AAAGUGGCAAAGUGGCCACAAAAUCCUAUCCAAUUGCUAAUUUACAAGUGCCACUAGGCACAAACUUGUAUUUUGGGUGGUGGAUUAAAUUUUAACAUCAUCCACCUUCUCUCCUCUUUUCAAUUUUCACCCAGAUUUUUAUUCUUUUUAAUUGUUUUUUGGCAAUCAAUCAAUUGGAAUAUUUUCUUUCCCUAUUCAGUUAAUUGCAUUCCAUGAACGUAAUCAAUCAUUUUCACACUAAUUUGUUCAUCUCUAUAAACAAGCAAUUCCACACCCAGAAUUUUUGUUCAAUUUUCUCCAUAAAAUAGUUUUUUAUUUUACAAUAAAAAUGAGUUGCAGUAGUAGCAGCACUACUCUACUUCUGGGAAAUAAUUGGGUACUUCAAACAUGUUCUAAUAAUUCCAGAUCUAGAUCUUCCAUUUUUUCUUCACCUUUGAAGAAGAAGAAUUAUAAUAAUAAUGGCAGCAGCAGCAACACCACUUUUUCCACUACCCCAUUUUCUCUCUCCUCAACAAAACCCCACAAAAUGUCUUCCAUCUCCGCCAUCCUCACCAAGCAAGAAACCAAACCACCCCCAGAAACUCCGACCACCACUAACACCACCACCGGCGCCACCACUUUUAAUUUCGAGGAGUACAUGAUUGGGAAGGCGAAAUCGGUCCACAAAGCUUUAGACAUGGCGGUGACUGUAAAACACCCUGAGAAGAUUCACGAAGCUAUGAGAUACUCCCUCCUCGCCGGAGGCAAGAGGGUCCGCCCUGUUCUUUGCAUCGCCGCCUGUGAGCUCGUCGGCGGAGAUGAAUCAACCGCCAUGGCAGCCGCUUGUGCUGUUGAGAUGAUCCACACUAUGUCGUUGAUCCAUGACGACCUCCCUUGCAUGGACAACGACGACCUCCGCCGUGGUAAACCCACUAAUCACAAGGUGUUCGGCGAAGAUGUCGCUGUCCUCGCCGGAGAUUCUCUCCUAGCCUUCGCGUUCGAGCAUCUGGUGGCCGCCACCCCAACAGGCGAGGUUUCGCCGGAAAAGAUCGUUCGAGCAAUCGGGGAGCUGGCUCGGGUAAUCGGGGCGGAGGGGCUGGUGGCGGGGCAGGUGGUGGAUAUCGACUCCGAAGGGGCCGUCGACGUCGACCUAGAACAACUCGAGUUCAUUCACAUCCAUAAAACCGCCAAACUCCUUGAAGGGUCCGUCGUCCUCGGUGCGAUUCUCGGUGGCGGUAGCGACGAAGAGGUGGAGAAGCUGCGGAAAUUCGCCACCGGAGUUGGGUUGUUGUUUCAGGUUGUGGACGACAUAUUAGACGUGACUAAAUCAUCGGAGGAGUUGGGGAAGACGGCCGGAAAAGACUUGGUGGCGGAUAAAGUCACCUUCCCAAAAUUAAUGGGGAUUGAGAAAUCGAGGGAAUAUGCUGGGAAAUUGAUUAAGGAUGCUAAAGAACAGCUUAAAGAAUUUGAUCAAGAAAAGGCUAAACCCUUAAUUGCUCUUGCUGAUUAUAUUGCUUAUAGGCAGAAUUGAAUUGAAAUUGAAUCUCAUUCUUGGGAAUGACACAUUAUAAUUAAUAGCAUACAAAAGUAGUAAAUUAGUUGUAAUUGUAAUUGUAAUUGGUUUAGAUGAGUUUGAUUAGAGUGAGGAACACUGAGUUUCCUCUAUUGUUUAGGGAUACGAUUUGGUAUCAAAUUAUAGCAUAAUUGUCCUAAUGAUUUUAGUAUAAUCUGGUUGGGGUUUAUACUAAUAUGACAGGUUUGUGUUUCUUGGUUGCUUUUA